AUGUCGUUUGAAGCCAACCAUCUUAGCAAGACCUCUUCAAGGGCAUCUAGCACCCGCUCCUCUCUCUUCAGUCGAGCUUCAGGCUUUGUCAUGGGUCCUUCCUCACGACGCAAUCAACCUACUGCCGCUUCCUCUUCCAGUCCCAAGAUGCCGCCCAGCGCCACCUUCACCAGCACGCCCAUGUCCGAGAGCGGCGAUGCUGGCGGCCCCCAUAAAUUCGACCACAUCUUCAGCGCACCUGCUCCCAGCGUCAAGCUCGCGCCUCCUGCGCCACUCUCGGAAUCGCAACAGGAAAAGUAUGAGCAGAUGUUGGCACACUUCAAGUCGAUUGACGAGUUCCCCACCAGUCUCAAGCACAACUCGCCCACGAAGCCGCUCGACGAGUGGGAAACCAUGCGCAACCUCUCCAAGGAAUCCAUGAUCCGCUAUCUGCGCGCUACCAAGUGGGACGUUGCCUCGGCCAAGAAGCGUCUCACCGAUACCAUCGCAUGGAGGCGCGAGUACGGCGUCGACUCUCUCAAAGCCGAAGAUCUCGAGCCCGAAGCCAUGACGGGCAAGGAGACUGUGCUCGGUUUCGACAACAAGGGUCGUCCGCUCCACUACAUGCACCCUUCGCGCAACACCACCGAAGAGACGCCCAGGCAGAUGCAAUACGCCGUGUGGAUCUUGGAGCGUGCCAUCGACCUCAUGCCUCCCGGUGUCGAAAUGCUGGCUUUGCUCAUCAAUUUUGGCGGCAAGAAGCGCAACCCUACGUCGAUCAGCAACGCCAAGCUGAUGCUCUACAUUCUGCAGAACCAUUAUGUCGAGCGCCUCGGCAUUGCGCUCUGCAUCAAUGUGCCCUGGAUCUUCAAGGCGUUCUGGAACGCCAUCUAUCCUUUCAUCGACCCCGUCACCAAAGGCAAGUGCAAGUUCGACGAAGCCAUCAAGGACGAGGUACCCAACGGACAGCUUGCUUCGGACUUUGGCGGUCUGCUCGAUUUCCCCUAUGAGCACGACAAGUACUGGCCGCAGCUGGUCGAGCUGACCAAGCGACGCCGAGAAGAGCAGCUGGAGCGUUUCCGUACACUUUGUAACUCGGAGAUUGGUGCUUCGGAGUGGGUGAUCCGCGGUGGCGAGGAGCUGGGUCGUUCCACGACGCCUCACAAGCAAGACUCUGGAUUCCACGAGAUAGACGCUGUUUCGUCGACUGGUGCAACGAAGGGGCAGGCAGACGAGAUGUCUACUCCCACGUAUCAGUCAGCAGCAGCAACGCCUGGCAAUGAGGAUGGCCACCUGGAUCGAUUCUACACGACGCAGACCGAGCUCCCACCGCAGCUCGAGAGCGGAGAGGUAUCGGAUUCGGAAAAUGCCACUGUGGUACACGAUGAUCAACACCACGCCGCCGCAGGUGCUGCUGCUAUUGUCGAUGAUUCCGAGGAUGGCUCAACGCCGAAGGAGCACGCGCACAAGCAUGGUGACGCCAGCCUGUUCGCUGCUGUAGUUGGAGGCAUCUCAUCGGGCCUCGUUGGCGGCAAAGCUGCGUCGGAUGCGGCAGAGGAAGCGUCCAAGGCGGCAGACCGCGAAUCGGAGCUGCACGGCAAGCCCGAAAAGCACGAGAAGCAUCACCAUCUCAAGAGCAUCAAAGCGGUCUUCCACCGCAGAUCCGAAUCGAGAGAGAGGGCCGCCUCGCCAGCUAUCUCUGCGAGCUGA